CAGCCAUGCGGGUCGAGCUUUGGCUCCUGGCGCUGCUGCUCAGGGGGGCGGUCCGGGCGCGGAGCCCCCAGCCCCGAGCAGGGCAGGAUGCAGGCCAAGGCCCUGGAUGGGCUGCUGAGGAGACCAAUAGGGGCUGGAGCCGGAGACCCCGCGAGAGCCCCAGGCAAGACUCAGAGCCGGACAGGACCCAGCUGACCUUGGAUCUGGAUGGGAGCACACUGGCCAUUGAUACUCUGCCGGACAAUGGGACUAGGGUGGUGGAAGACAACCACAACUACUAUGUGUCCCGUCUCUACGGCCCCAGGGAGCCCCGCAGCCGGGAGCUGUGGGUGGACAUGGCUGCAGCUAAUCGGAGCCACGUGAAAAUCCACAGAAUCCUCUCGAAUUCUCACUGGCAGGCCUCGAGAGUGGUCUUGUCCUUUGAUUUCCCCUUCUAUGGUCACCCUCUGCGACAGAUCACCAUAGCAACUGGUGGGUUCAUCUUCAUGGGGGACAUCAUCCACCGGAUGCUCACGGCCACUCAGUACGUGGCCCCUUUGAUGGCCAACUUCAACCCUGGCUACUCGGGCAAUUCCACAGUCGCCUACUUGGACAACGGUACCGUCUUCAUUGUCCAGUGGGACCACGUGUACCUCCAUGGCCGGGAAGACAGGGGCAGCUUCACCUUCCAGGCUGCUCUGCAUUAUGAUGGCCGUAUUGUCUUUGGCUACAAAGAGAUCCCAAUGUCUGUCCUGGAGAUCAGUUCAUCCCAGCACCCUGUCAAAACGGGCCUCUCAGAUGCCUUCAUGCUCCUCAACCCCUCCCCUGGGGUGCCAGAGUCUCGCCGGAGAACCAUCUUCGAGUACCACCGCGUGGAGCUCGACCCCAGCAAGGUGACCAGCAUGUCGGCUGUGGAGUUCACCCCAUUGCCGACCUGUUUGCAGCAUCGGAGCUGCAAUGCCUGCCUGUCCUCUGACCUCACCUUCAACUGUAGCUGGUGCCACGUACUGCAGAGGUGCUCCAGUGGCUUUGAUCGAUAUCGUCAGGAGUGGCUGGCCUACAACUGCGCCCAGGAGGCUGAGGGCAUGACAUGUGAGGACUACCAGGAUGAAGACCAUUACUCAACCUCUCCCGAUAGCUCUCUCAGCUCCUCAGACUUGGACAGAGACCUCAGCACCACCUCCUCCUCUCUCUCCAUUGACAGCCUCAUCACCGAAGAUGACACCAAGUUGAAUCCCUAUGCAGGUGGAGAUGGUCUCCAGAAUAACUUGGCUCCGAAGACUGAGAGCACCCCUGUGCACCUGGGCACCAUUGUGGGCAUCGUGCUGGCAGUGCUCCUCGUGGCAGCCCUCAUCUUGGUGGGCAUCUACAUCAACAGCCACCCCACCUCCAAUGCUGCACUCUUCUUCAUCGAGCGAAGACCCCACCACUGGCCAGCUAUGAAGUUCCGCAAUCACCCCAACCUCUCCACAUACACGGAGGUCGAGCCAAUGAGCCACGAGAAGGAGGGGUUCAUGGAGGCAGAGCAGUGCUGAGAGUACUGGGAUUCUUCUCGGAGGAAAGGAAUGAAGGAAGACCCAGGACCUCUCCCCUCCCCUCAAACAAAGGUUAAGUCAAAGUAUAGCAGCCUCCUCUCAUAGACCCUGCUGGGAAGAGGAGAGCCCAAUGUGUGGGGCCAGAGCUGCCCAAAGGGGCAUCUGACCAGCAUGGGAGCAGCCACAGGAAAGCAGCCACAUCAGGUUUGGAAAGAGCAAUGGCCUGACUGUACCCCAUUCGGAGGCAUCAGGUCUCUCCUUUUGGGUCUCUCACUGAAAGCUAAUCUGUAGUUACCCAAGUGGGCCCCUUCUUUACCUCCCCUCCCCACCCAGUGGUAUCUGGAACCCAAAAACUCUAGCCUGUGGAACUUGAAGUCCAGCAUGGGCCACUGUUUUCCAAGCUCCACAGA